AUGAUCAUCGACGACGAUACUCCGUUGGCGAACAAGCAAGCCAGUCAGAGCAAACAGGGCGAGAUCUCGCAGUCCUGUGCCGAGCCUUCGCUUGAGCCAAACGCAGAGAUCUCGUUGCACGACCUGCCAGACCUCUCUCUCUCACUCCGGCCGCAGUCGAUGACGACCGCGCCAACUAUGACCAGUGGCGAAGGCUAUCAAUCCAUCAUAUGUCCCGCUACAGCGUCAGCCCUGCUCUCUGAUGGUAGUGAAUUUGACUACAUUGGGGAUUAUAUGUCCUAUGAGUUUGCGGAUCCAGAUACGUACAUGAACCGGGUCAACAGAGAAAAAGAGUCGUCGACCUGGCCUGAUAUGAUUCCAAAUAUUCGAGACCAGGGAAGGAGUUAA